CAGUGAUAUCAAUAUCAAGAUAAAAGUGUGGAAUGGGAGAAAAAUUCUCAAAGCCUGAAAGAAAAUCUGGAGAUGCUAUUUUUCCAGCAAUUAAGAGAGAACUUAGCUUGUCUCUGUUUCUUGAUUCCUCUUCAAUUUCUGUUUGCAAACCAAGACUUGUGUUUGGAGAACUCUGUUGUACUGAGCCUAAGUCAUUUUUGAUCUAUGACAAGAACGUGCAUUUUCACAUGUCAACCGGAUUUGUGGACCAGUAAAGUUCUCCCCAAAGAGAUGGGGUCUCACUCUGCCAUCCAGUCUGGAAUAUAGUGGUGCAGUCAUAGCCCAUUGUAGCCUCCAUCUCAAGGACUCAAGAGAUCUUCCCUCAGAGGCCUCCCAAGUAGCUGGGAUUACAGGUAGUUACUUUUGGUGACAUUGUCCAGUUCCCACAAUGUAUCAUUCCUUAUCUGAAACUAGACAUCCUCUGCAGCCAGAAGAACAAGAAGUAGGCAUUGACCCCUUGUCCAGUUACUCUAACAAGUCUGGAGGAGAUUCAAAUAAAAAUGGAAGAAGAACAAGUUCUACUUUAGACUCUGAAGGGACUUUUAAUUCCUAUAGGAAAGAAUGGGAAGAACUAUUUGUAAACAACAAUUACUUGGCAACAAUAAGGCAGAAGGGGAUUAAUGGGCAGCUGAGAAGCAGCAGGUUCCGCAGCAUUUGCUGGAAGCUAUUUCUUUGUGUUCUUCCUCAAGACAAAAGUCAAUGGAUAAGUAGAAUUGAAGAAUUAAGAGCAUGGUAUAGCAACAUUAAAGAAAUACAUAUUACAAACCCAAGGAAGGUUGUUGGCCAACAAGAUUUGAUGAUCAAUAAUCCUCUUUCACAGGAUGAAGGGAGUCUUUGGAACAAAUUCUUCCAAGAUAAAGAACUUCGAUCAAUGAUUGAACAAGAUGUCAAAAGAACGUUUCCUGAAAUGCAGUUUUUCCAACAAGAAAAUGUGAGAAAAAUUCUUACAGAUGUUCUUUUCUGUUAUGCCAGAGAAAACGAGCAGUUGCUUUAUAAACAGGGUAUGCACGAGCUGUUAGCACCUAUAGUCUUUGUCCUUCACUGUGACCACCAAGCUUUUCUACAUGCCAGUGAGUCUGCACAGCCCAGUGAGGAAAUGAAAACUCUCUUGAACCCUGAGUAUCUGGAACAUGAUGCCUAUGCAGUAUUCUCACAACUUAUGGAAACUGCUGAACCUUGGUUUUCAACUUUUGAGCAUGAUGGUCAGAAGGGGAAAGAAACACUGAUGACUCCCAUUCCCUUUGCUAGACCACAAGAUUUAGGGCCAACAGUUGCUAUUGUCACUAAAGUCAACCAGAUCCAGGAUCAUCUACUGAAGAAGCAUGAUAUUGAGCUUUACAUGCACUUGAACAGACUAGAAAUUGCACCACAGAUAUAUGGGUUAAGGUGGGUGCGGCUGCUGUUUGGACGAGAGUUCCCCCUGCAGGACCUUCUGGUGGUCUGGGAUGCCUUGUUUGCAGACGGCCUCAGCCUGGGUUUAGUAGAUUAUAUCUUCAUAGCCAUGUUACUCUACAUCCGAGAUGCUUUGAUCUCUAGUAACUACCAGACCUGUCUCGGCCUUCUGAUGCAUUACCCAUUCAUCGGGGAUGUACACUCACUGAUUCUUAAGGCUCUGUUCCUUAGAGACCCAAAGAGAAAUCCAAGACCAGUGACUUAUCAAUUCCAUCCAAAUUUAGAUUACUACAAAGCACGAGGAGCCGACCUCAUGAAUAAAAGCCGGACCAAUGCCAAAGGUGCUCCCCUGAAUAUAAAUAAGGUGUCUAAUAGCCUGAUUAAUUUUGGAAGAAAGUUGAUUUCCCCAGCAAUGGCUCCAGGCAGUGCAGGUGGCCCUGUACCUGGAGGCAACAGCAGUAGCUCCUCCUCCGUUGUGAUUCCUACCAGGACCUCAGCAGAGGCCCCAAGGCAUCACUUGCAACAGCAACAGCAACAGCAGCAGCAGAGGCUGAUGAAAUCAGAAAGCAUGCCUGUACAAUUGAACAAAGGCGAUGUAGUUACAGGAAGCGAUGCUCAGGUUUCUGUUCCUGUCCAGACUCUAACUGACCUCCAAGGGCAAAGUUCUAAAAACAUCAGUUCAUCUCCAAGUAUUGAGAGUUUGCCUGGAGGAAGAGAAUUCACUGGCUCCCCACCUUCAUCUGCUACUAAAAAAGAUUCCUUUUUUAGCAACAUCUCACGUUCCCGCUCACACAGCAAAACUAUGGGCAGAAAAGAAUCUGAAGAAGAAUUAGAAGCCCAAAUUUCCUUCCUUCAAGGACAGUUGAAUGACCUGGAUGCCAUGUGCAAAUACUGUGCAAAGGUGAUGGACACUCAUCUUGUAAAUAUUCAAGAUGUGAUAUUACAAGAAAAUUUGGAAAAAGAAGAUCAAAUUCUGGUUUCCCUGGCAGGAUUAAAACAGAUCAAAGACAUUCUAAAAGGUUCCCUGCGUUUUAACCAGAGCCAGCUAGAGGCCGAAGAGAACGAACAGAUCACCAUCGCGGACAACCACUACUGCUCCAGCGGCCAGGGCCAGGGCCGAGGCCAGGGCCAGAGCGAUCAAAUGUCUGGGGUCAUUAAACAGGCCUCUUCAGAAACGCCAGGGUGCACCGAUAGAGGGAGUUCCGAUGACUUCAUCCUGAUUUCCAAAGAAGAUGAUGGGAGCAGUGCCAGGGGCUCCUUCUCUGGCCAGGCCCAGCCUCUUCGCACCCUCAGAAGCUCCUCUGGGAAAAGCCAGGCCCCAGCCUGCUCCCCACUGGUGUUCUCAGAUCCGCUGAUGGGCCCAGCCUCAGCUUCCUCCAGCAACCCCAGCUCCAGCCCUGAUGACGACAGUAGCAAGGACUCUGGCUUCACCAUUGUGAGUCCCCUGGACAUCUGACCACAGUGCCCAGUCCUGCCCCACAGGGAUCCAGCCACCCUUUAGUGGCCCCAAGGCCAGACUGAGGCUUGCCCAGUGGAGACCCUUCUGAAACCACUGCUUCCUUCCCGGCAUGCAUUUGGCAUUGGUCCAGCCCUUUGAAACCCCUUAGAGAGAAGCAUAUAUGGCCACAAAGCACACAGGCUUAGGUUUGCCAAAUGCAGACAGGGCUUUCUGGGCCCUUACCUAACUAACCCCUACCCGACUCUUGCUCUGAGUUAGAGCUGAGUUACAUACCCAGUAUCACACUCACAGUUAGAAAAGUAGAAACACUUUUCCUCUGUCCCCUUCCUCCCAGCCAAGAAUGUGUGGCAACUCCAUCAGUUAUACUUAGAAGGAGGAGAAAUAGUUUUUUCCUAUCUUCUAUCCCUCAAAGCAUCAGACGUAGGAAAAUUGGUUUAUACCAAGAAAGCUUCCUCUGUGGAAAUCUGUCUAAGCCUACUUUAUUCCUGCAUUGGGAAGCCAUAUCGCAGAUCUAAAUGCGAUAGAAUGAACUAGAACUAGUGGGUUCCAGAGCUGGGGG